UUCAAUAUUCGGAAAAGAGAAUAUUCACUUUCCAGUUUUCAACACCAUCUCAUUUCCAGAGAAAGUUGAACCUCUUCCCCUGCACUUUUUCUCACCCCACAUUCAAUCGCCCAUCAACAUGGCCACCACCACCACCUCCCCUAGACCAGCGAGGAUUCUCAUCAUCAACCCCAACACAAGUGGUUCGAUGACCCGGUCUCUCGAACCACUACUCAACAACACACUCUUAACAUCCUCCUCACCUACCACCAACCCCACCACCCAAAUCACCUAUUUCACCUCCCCCAGCCCAGGAAUCCCCAGCAUCAACUCUCCCGCCGACGCUACGGCAUCCACUUCCAUCUGUCUACCCCAUAUAUUACCCUUACUCAACGAUCACGACGCAAUCCUCGUCGCAUGCUACAGUCAGCAUCCACUUGUAUCUGAACUGCAAGCGGCAUGUGCAGCGAUCGAGAACGGACGUCGGAGAUACGUGACUGGAAUUUUCGAAGCCAGCGUCCUCUCAUCUCUAGCAUUAUUACAAGGAACCGAUUCAUCCUUCGGAAUCGUAUCGACCGGUAAAAUCUGGGAAGAAGCCUUGAGUGAAGGCGUAGUGACGUUUCUCGGCGGAGGAAGUUCUUCAUCCAAUCGCUUCGCGGGAGUCGAAACCACAGGUCUCAAUGCAACAGAUCUACAUGAUUUGCCGGCGGAGCAGGUUAAUGAGAAGAUGAAGGAGGCAACGAAGCGACUGUUGAGAAGGGGCAAGAGUCCCCUUGGGCCAGUGAAUGCGAUUUGUCUGGGAUGCGCGGGUAUGGCGGGUUUGGAUGAGGUUGUUCGUCAGGCUUGUGUGGAGGAAUUAGGUCUUGAACUUGGUGCGAGAGUGCAUAUUGUGGAUGGUGUCAAGGCAGGAGUGGGGAUCUUGAUGGGGUUGGUGAAUGCUGGGUUUUGAUCGUAGGAGGACAAGGAGUGAUUUAAAUGUGAGAAAAGUGUGUGUCUAUGGACGAUGAUGGGGUGGACGAGUAGACCAGACAUGGCUUUUGCUGAUAAAGACUUCAAGGGCAAAUAAAAAUAUACAUACAUCCACUGUAAAGGUAUAGGUA